AUGGCAGCUCGAAAGAUCUCAAAUGUUGAGAGUAUCCCAACAUUUGGUUUACUUCUUCUUUGCCUACUUCAUCUGACUAGUGGAAAUAUCCAGGAUGUCCAAGAGUAUCUCCCUCCAUCGUUAGAGACAGCAAGGCAAUUUCUUCAGGAUUACAACAAUGCAUAUCCUCGAGUGAAAGAAACAUCCGCCUCAGCCAGCUGGAACUAUCAGAGGAAUAUGACUGCGGAAAACCUGAAAAUUAGCACACAAGAGACCCUCAAGGCGAGCGCAUUCGAAAAGAGAUCUGCUAAAUAUGUCCGAGUAUUUGACAGUGUGGUUGAUACCUUCCCAUCUGAUAUUAGACGUGAGCUCAAAUUCGUACGGAACAUCGGGGUGUCUGCAUUAAAUAAUGAUACAGUUGCAGAGUUUUACAAGGUACAAGGUCAAAUGCAAAGGAACUAUGCUUCCGCCAGGGUUUGCCGUCCAAACAACUUGUCUGAUUGCCUUCGAUUUGACCCGGGUCUUAAAGAUAUCAUGGCUGACUCGACAGAUUGGGAUGAGAGACUCUGGGCAUGGAAAGGUUUCAGGGAUGAGGUAGGAUUACCGAACAAACCUCUCUUCGCUCGAUAUGUGGAUCUAGCCAACGAGGGUUCCCGGGCUAACGGUAACGAAAUAAUCAUACAGAUAAACAAUAUUAAACAAACAAAAGAAAUAAGGCUAAAAUACAUCUCCCGAAUAUUUACGAUACAAGCCAGUAAAUCAAUGCAGUCCAAAUGCGAAAGUUUGACAUAUUAA